GAGUAACUCACUUAAUCAAAGGCAUUUGUCUCUCUUUUCUUCAUCCUUUUACUAUAUCCCUCCCUCUCUCGGAGACUCCAAACUUCCACUGAUGCGCCUCCGGAGCCUCUCUUCCAACCCUCCCAUCUAAAGUUGCAAAAAUGCCACCCCCAGGAACUCCCCUCAAACUCCUCUGCCUGCACGGCUACACGCAAUCGGGCCCCCUCUUCCACGCCAAAACCCGCGCCGUGAUCAAGCACCUCACCAAAGCCCUCAGCCCAACCUACACCGUGACGACGAGCUACCCGACCGGCCCGCACCGCCUUUUAGCGUCCGACAUCCCGGGGUACGAGCCCCCGACCACCCAAGGCGGGAUCGCGUCCACCGACGAGGUCGAAGAUCCCGAGGCCUACGGCUGGUUCCGCCGCUCCAACACCGCCAACCCCCCUCUGUACUCGGGAUUGGAGGAAGGCCUCACCACGCUGGCGCAGGUUAUCCGGGACGAGGGCCCCUUCGACGCGGUGGUGGGGUUCUCGCAGGGCGCCGCGAUGGCGGCCAUGGUGGCGUCAUUGCUGGAGACCGGGCGGUUGACGGUAUUUGAGGGGUUCGAGGAUCCCGAGACUGCGUGCAGGGGCACGGAGUGGAGUGGGGUGGAGGGGUUUAAGGUGCCCGAGGCGUUGAGGGCGGUGCUGGCGGAUGGUAGUAGUGGUGCCGGGGAAAAUGGUGGCGGGAACAGGCAAGAAAAGCAGGGCCCGUUGAAGUUCGCGGUGUGCUACAGUGGGUUCCGCGCGCCGGGGCCGCGGUAUCGCGCGUUCUAUGAGCCCGGGAUCAAGACGCCCGUCUUGCAUGUGCUGGGCACCUUGGAUGCCGUGGUGGAUGAGGGGCGGAGUCGCGCGUUGGUCGAGGCGUGUCUGGGGGAUCCGGAGGUUGAGGGCAGGGUCGUGUUCCAUCCUGGCGGGCAUUUUGUGCCGAGUCAGAGGCCGUAUUUGGAUGCGGUGGUUCGGUUUAUUCGGGAGGUUUUGGAGGCCGAGGAAGGAGGCAAGAAGAAGGGGGUCAUGGAUGAGGAUGUUAAUGAUAUGGAGUUGCCGUUUUGAGUUUGUAUACGGGGCUAGAUAGAUAGAUGUUGUUUGUGUAUAGAGAGAGACAGUGUGUGUGAGACUACUAUAGAUAA